GCUGCGUCACUGCUGAUGACGUCGCAGUCAGCCGAGGGUUGUCGAUAGAUAAAAUCAUGAAAGCAAACAUCUAAUGCUCUGUGUUUUUUAUGAAGAGGAAGCCUACCCAACAGGACGCACAGUAUUCUCUGAACUUAGAUACUUACAACAAGACGAGGAUGCCUGGUGAGGAGAGGGAGAAGAGUGCACUGAAGCAGUGUACACAGGCUCGUGCCCAGCUGGAGGAGGCAAUAGCUGGAGUCAUGAAGGCUGAGACUCAGCUCCGGGACAACUCCAGAGAGGUGAAGUGUCAGCUGCACACCUGCAUCAGUCGUCACCUGGAGUACCUGCGCUCUCGUGAGGUGUGGCUGAGAGAGCAGAUCGACCUGGUGGAGCAACUCAAGGCCGAGGGACUGCAGAACCAGCUACAGCAACUCUACUGGCUUCGGGGGCAGUUUGACAUCCUGAUCCACCAGCUGGAGAACUCUCACAACAACCACGACCUGGCCAACCAGCUCACCAGCUGCCUGGAGAAGUUGUCCUCUUUAAACCUGAGUCCUGAGGAGACCCCUGAGAUGAGUUUCCAGGCGGAUGCUCGCACUCUGCGCCAGGCCAUCACCUCCUUUGGCACCAUCAACACACAGGAGGUCUCAGCCGUCUCCUCUCCCUGGUCCAGCUCUAUUGAGAGACCCUGGCUACAGCAGAACUGCCCCGUUGCUGCCAAGAAGCAGAAGAUGGAGUCGGAUUGCAGCACCCCUCUGGCUGACUGGCUCCUGGGAAACAGGCCAGUAACAAGUGCUCCUAUUGGACACCAUUUCAGCAAAAACACCCAGGAUUGGCUGAUUGCCCCCAAGGAGCAGCCCCAGCUGCCCGUGGUUCCGCUGACUACCUUCGACUUCCAGAGGGCCUGGGGCCAGCUGAAGGACCUGGAGGCGUGGCUUCUGCGCGAGAAGUCACCAAUGAGAGAGCGCGCUAACAGCAGCUGUUCAAGCUCCGCCUCCAACUCCACCUUCUCCAUCGAGAAGAUCGACGAGUCCGACUUCCUGCUGACCGAGGACGAGUCCGAGGCCGAGAUGGCGGAGGCACCGGGGGAGGGCUCCGAGGAGCUGGCCGACUGGCUGGUCAUGGCCGCCCCUGAGGCCGUGGGCGCCGGCGCGAGCGACGCUGACCGCUGGAAGGCCGUGUUCAAGCCCUUCCAGGAGGGCUUCUCGUCCAGCGAGUGGCUCCCAGGCUCUGCCUCCAGCUGCGGCUCGUGCUGCGGAGGCUCCGUGGCCACGCCCACCUUCGAGAUCGAGAACCUGGGCAACCUCAAGUGCCUGAAGACGCCGCCGUCGCCCGGCAACGCCACCCCCGCCACCACCCCCUCCGUCAUGCCCACCUCCCCCCCGGCGGGCGCCGUGGAGCUGUGGCUGCAGCGGGCAUCCAGUGGCCAGGUGGAGCAGGCGUGCCGUGCCAACGAGCCCUGCGCCACCUUCGCCCAGUGCGUGUGCGAGGACAACUGCGGCCGCGGGGCGCUGGCCAGCUGGCUGCUGAAGCAGGAGGGCCGAGACAAGAACGGAGUGCCCACCGCCGAGCCCGCGCGCGCUGCCCUCUACCCGCACCAGCAGCAGCAGCGCAAGGUCCACGCCAUCCUGGAGGCCUGGCUGCACCCGGGCAGGAGCGCCAAGACCACAGCGUCCACCCCCACGCCCACCUCCCUCUCUGCCUGGGUGUGCCCACGCGACCCCUCCCCGGCCCCCUCGUCCACGUCCAGUCAGGAGGAGAAGGGCAGUCGCGAGGAGCGCAGCUCGCUCUUCAAAGCGCCCGACACAGAGAGCCCCUUCCACACGCCACUGAAGCCCGAGUCCUGGGUGCUGACCCCGACGCCCGCCCCACAGACCCAGGACAAACCCAGCAGCACGGACACGGACACGGAGGAGGACAAGUGGCUCUUACGCAAGAGGGCUCAGGCUCAGGAACGCCUGGUCCUGCCGACAGUAUGUGACCUGUUCUCCUGUAUGAAGCUUAGCGGAGACAAAGAGAAAUGGCUUCACACAGCACCUAUACAGAUGUGAACGCAUCAGAUGAGCUUCUGACUUGUUUGGAUUUUGGAAUUCCUCUUCUCUCUUCUAGAGGAGCCGCUGAGUUGCACAGACGCACCACCAAUCCGCCAUCUUGUCUGCCCACCCCUCGCCCCACUGCUGUGUGUGUGUGUGUGUGUGUGUGUGUGGGGGGGGUGUAUUCCCACUUCCUCCUGCCACCUCUCCAGGCCCAGUCUGCCACCUCUCCAGGCCCAGUCUGCCACCUCUCCAGGCCCAGUCUGCCACCUCUCCAGGCCCAGUCUGCCACCUCUCCAGGCCCAGUCUGCCACCUCUCCAGGCCCAGUCUGCCAUUGGGUCAAGACUGUGGGACUGCCCAUCUGAAAUCUGAACAUGCCAACCUGUUGCAUCAUGGGAAUUCUGCCUCCCCUGUUCUCUCUGCCACGUGUUCUGUGUCCAUUAUCAUCAUUAUCAUCAUUAUUAUUAUUAUUCUGUUUUUGUUUCUUCCUGUCUUAGUUUGUUGUUUAGUUGGUGAGGUGGGAGUUUGGCUUAAGGCCCCUAACUGUCUGGCUCGUCAUUAGCAGCCAUGAUGUUUGUGCCCCAGAACACGGCUGUCACAGAGGACCGGACCCCUCUUUUAGUUUUAUGAUCUUAUUAUAUUAUUAUAUUAUUAGGGUUAAGAGGAAGGGUGACACUCUGGAACCACUGGAGAGUUGGAAUGCAGGAGGGUUUUAGAACGCAGGAGGGUUUUUAUGUUUCUUUUGAAGAUUAAUUUUAGUGUUUUUAUGGAAUCUAAGCCCAAACACUCAUUUUGAUAAGUCCAGAGAGUGCAGUAUCUCUGGCAGUAGUAGUUCACAGGAGUAAGCUAUUCCAGUUGCAAUGCAUCAAGGCUGUUGUAGCAGGUAGAUAGUCGUCAAAUCGGACUAUAUGCAUUGUUAACACACACACACACACACACACACACACACACACACACACACAGCGUGCUCCCUCAUAUGUGCCUGUUAGUUGUCUUGUUUUGAGUGACUGAUAAAAGAGCGCACAUGUAAUGUGUCUUUCCAGAAUGGAACGCAGUCCCUCCAUUCUGUCACCUUGUGUGUGUGUGUAGGCCAUGUCUGUUGUUGUCCACCCCCAGCCCCUUGGUGUCCUGCUGGGCGCUGUGCUCAUGGGGGAUGUUAAUUUCUGAUGGUGCAAAAUGUCCUCCACAUAAUCUAGUACUUAUCAAAUUGAA